AUGAGUCACAUGCGCCCGUUCGGAAUACUACCACAAAACAAGACACCUGACUACGAAGUGCGACUCCUUCUCGAACCCGCCGAGAUCCUCACCCCAAGCAUUCAACUUACCAAUGACGUCCAAUCUACCUUCAACAUGCAGCCGAGCGCUACCAAGGAGAGCAUAGAAUUCUUCGACACCCCAACCAAGGAAAUCUUCGAGGCCGGCUGGAGCGUCAGCGCCCGUAAGGUUCAAGGCGAAGACACAAUCGAGUUCAUGUACAAGCAUCACUACCCAAUCACGAACAAUGAUAUUGAUAGCACCCUUACCCAUGCCAACCGGCAUGGCUUCAACAAUGAGCCCACUGGUGACAGUAGGGACUUCAAAGCACAGGUUGAAUGGGGCUACGCAAACAAAGUAUUGUCCAUGGCCAGCAAGAAGAAGCUAGAUGGAUUUCUAGCCGACGAACUAGACUUCCCUCCAGCAGAUAGUAUGCGGCAGAUGCUAAGCACGGAAGUGCCAAAUAAGUUCAGACAUUGGAAGGUUUAUGACUGGGGCACUUAUGCUUUGCAGCGGUCGAUCAUUUAUGGCCCGAUUCUUGUUGAUCGCUACUCCGGCUCGUGGGAUAAUAAGCCGAUCAACCUUGAGGUUUGGUACAUGGUGAAUCCCUCGGCUUCGAGAACUGAUUACAUCGUCGAGGUUUCCUGUAAGACGAACAAUCGUGCCUCGGCCUUGUUUAAGCAGAGGAGACUGGUGGAUGAGUUGAAGAGCAAAGGUUGGUUAGUUGAUGAGGAUCUAAGGAAGACGGAAGCCAUGUUGGAUGCCUACGCGGUUUGA